GACAGGGGGCGGAGCCCGGCAGAAGAUGGCGGCUCCUCGCUGCAGGUUCGACUUGUGCGGCGUCGUUUGCCUGCUCCUGACGUACUUCAGCGUGUUCUACGCGGACUACGUGGUGGUUCGGUAUGUUCUCAUCCCCACGUUCUCCGGCAGCGUGUGGUGCAGUCUCCAUGGAUCCGUGUUCAACCUGAUUCUGCUGCUGCUGCUGGCCUGUCACUCAAAAGCCGUCCUCUCAGACCCUGGUAAGGUGCCUCUUCCAGACACGGCCCUCGACUUCUCAGACCUGCGCUCGCAGUCGACUCGGAUGAGCGAGCGGGGCUGUGAGGGCUGGACGGUGUGCAACCGCUGUGAAACCUACAGACCUCCCAGGGCGCACCACUGCCGCGUCUGUCAGAGGUGCAUACGCCGCAUGGACCAUCACUGUCCCUGGAUCAACAACUGUGUCGGGGAACUGAACCAAAAGUAUUUCAUCCAGUUUCUCUUCUACACCGGCAUGGCCUGCCUGUACUCCAUGGUGCUGGUGGUGUCGGCCUGGGUCUGGCAGAUCAGGAACGAGAGAGAUGGCGACGCAGAGAGAGAAGGAGAGGAGACGCCGAGCAAACACCUGAUCGUCGCUCACUACAUCAUCCUGCUGGUGGAGUCGGUGCUGUUCGGUGUGUUUGUCAUGGUUAUCUUCUACGAUCAGUUAAUCUCGAUUAUCACGGACGAGACUCCGAUAGAGCAGAUGAAGAACAGACUGAUGAUCAAAGACAGAGGAGCCACAUCUACCUCCUCUUCCUCCUCCUCCUCCUCCUCACAGCUGCCCCACCAGCCCCCACACACCCGCAAGCCCAAGAUCGCUCUGCUGCGGGAGGUCUUCGGACGAGGUUCAGUCUUCUUUUGGUUUCUUCCUCUCCACUCCAACCCUCCGUCCGUCGGGGGCGUGUCCUACUCGGCCCUGCCCGACUAUGACGUCUGACCUCUGGUCUGUGAGAGAGGAUGAGGAACAGAUGGCGAGGAAGGUUCUCUGUGUGUGUGUGUGUGUGUUUACGUGUGAGAGUCAAUUUGCUGCCUAACUACGAUGUCUUAUCUCUGGAUCUGUGGUGACGAAGAGAAAGGUGGACGAAGGGGAUGGAAACCGGGGAUGAAUGAAGAGAGAGAGUGAGUGUAUCAGAUGAAUGUGUGUGUUUGUGUGUUUGUGGUUUCAUCCCCAGGAAAAGAAAAGUUCCGCCUCAGACUCCAGACUCAUGGAACUCUCUUUCCUGUCUUUCCUGUGAUGGGGGAAGAGCAUUGACGCUCCUUGUUCUGUCUCCAGCAUUCUCUUCUCAUGGAAACUUCUUCUUUUGAGAUUCUCUCUGGGGUUUGACUGAUGCCGGUUUAGCAUCCUGGAUAUUUUUGACACUAAAACGUUUUUAACCACGCGUUUCCACUUCCUCCCGUUACAAUACAAACACAAAAUCUUGAAAACGGGCGCCACCAUUUUGCCCCAAUGAGUCUGAGUCUGUGCAGGAGGGAACGUGGAGUCAUGGUUUUGAGGUCCCGCCCAUACGCACUCUCAACCAAUCGUGAGUCAGUCUCAGCUGUCAAUCGUGACAGAAACCAUUUUCCAAAAACAUGAUGUAAUUGAUCUAAUUGUGAAAAAUGGAAUGUGUUUACAAAACAAGCUGCGACUUUGCAAAACUUUUGAUGUAACUCUCUGAAACACAGUAGAAAAUGUUAUGAUGACAAAUUAGAAAAGAAAUCCAGCGAUACCUGCAAUGGUUUAUACAACUUACCACUAGGGGGACACUGAAAGCGGUACCAACAUUCACAAUCCACCAUCUUCCUUCUACUGUUUACUUUUAUCGUGCAGCGCCAUCUAUUGAUGGUUCUGCUCACAACCGGUUCCAGGGCUUCUGAAUGGAACCAGUUGAAGAACUGGUUAGGCGUAAAGUAAAGCUUUGCGGGAAAACAGGAAAUCUUUGACUAGGAGGACCCCUAGUGGUAGGACGAGAUUCUUUGGUGACGAUUAACCUACUGAUUUCUGGUUUUGAUGCGAUUUAACCCAAGUGUCAGUCCAACUCCAGCCAGUUUCUUUUUAUGCGUGGUUACUGAAUUCUGAUUAUGUUUACCAAAAUUACAAAGAAAUUAUUUAAGUUUAUUUAUUUUUCUUGCACAGAAUCAAAUUCUGUUUUGUUUUUUGUUUACAACUCUACUUACCGUUCAGGUCGAGCUUUAAGAAAUGACUCUGGAUGCACUGAUGUGGAGUUUUGAAGGUGAUGGCAAAUAUUUUUAACAAGCUUUAACAUUUUUGCCUGUAAUCAGGGAAAACACGCACUGUUAACAGUUUUCUGUUAAAUCUAAGUGAAGGGAUGAAUCUUAACUUAUUUAUUGUUUUACUUCUGUGGAAAUUUCUCUAUCAAUAACUGUAUUUUAAUGUUACGGGUGGAGCUGCCUUUUGACGCUGAUCUGGGUUUAAAUAAAUCCACUUCUUCUGGUUCUUGUCCCAACCACUAACAUGGAGGAGGCAGGGUUGUAUGACCUAUACCGCAGCCUGCCUCUAGGGGGCAAUCCAGAUAUUUUGGCUUCACUUUUAUGUCGGCCGGUGUCACAAAGGCAGUUUCACCCGCGAGUGUGUUUUUAUGAAUGUGUGUAUAUAGAUAUUCUGAAUUCGGUGUUUGACCUGAGUUGAACUGUUUAUGAUACACAAGGGAACUUUAUGUUGCAGUGGGUUAUAUUAAUAUAUUAAUUUAAGUAAGUGUUGUGAUGCUCCUUUUAAAAACAACAACUGCCAGUUGGGAAAUGAAAUCACACAUUUCCUUAUUUAUGGACCAAUAUGACUUUUUUUUAAAUAUACUUUUAAUGUUUAUAAGGAAAAUCAAAUUCCUGAUAUUAACUAAUGAUCUAUUUUAACACAUACUUACCACAUAAAAAUCAUUUGUCCUCUGGUCUCUCAACAAACAAACUUUAAGCUCUGUGAGAUGUUGGCAGUGGUUCUAAGAAGUCCUGUAAAACUGCAUUCACACGCUGAGUACACUGGCUGAUAUUCCACUGCGUGUAAAGCAGCUAGCUAUGCAGUCAAGUGAGCUUCUGAGGGUGAAGCUCCUGAUCUCAGAGCUGGCGGCAAAAAUAGCUAAAAACUCGUUGGACGAGAAGCCCUUCAGAGGACACGGUGUUCCCGGCAGCCUUUGUCGAGAGUCCAGUUCUCUAUCUGUUCCCCGUCUCACUCGCGAUGUGAAUGCAUGUUUUCGUUUGCCGAGGCUUGGUGGGACAAAAUGUCCUCCGGGCUCAGAGGCCUCACGUCUUUCACAGUGUUUAAAUCAGGCUGUAGAGCUGGAGCGGGACCUCGAGGGUUGAAGGGGCGGAGCAUGUUGCUUCUCUGUUGUACAUAAGAAGGUUCAUAUUUUAUAUUGACGAUGUGAGAUUCUCCUGAGGGGAAAAUGUUACUGAACUCCGAGCUCUGUGGGAACUGUUGGUUUUUCUAUCACAAUUUGAGUAAAAACAAUGUCAUGAAAUGUUUUUGUGAAUUAAAGAGAGAGGAGGGGAAGUUAAGUUCAGUCCAGUUUCAAACUGAAUGUGUUCUGUCCAGGUGUGUGUUAUCUAUCAGGGGACUGGCUUGCUUGUUUGGUUCUGUUGACAAAAUGCAGUCGAUAUUUAUGUUGUUUGUAUCAAAGGGGUGCGCUUGUUUCGCUUUGUCCACAUCGGUGCGGCUGCUUCCUGAACCACUGAUCCGAUCUCUCGAAUAGUUUGCGUGUCGCAGGAACAGUUCGUAAACAGCUGAUCCUGCACAGACGCUGCACUAUUCAUUUAAUAUCCAACAAUGUUAUCUUGCCGACUGUUUAAGGAAGCAAAACAAGCGCACCCCAUUUGCUGUUUUACUUGACAGCGGGAUGGAAUGUGUGAACAAAACAAAGAGGGCACGAAACAAACCCCUCAGCCACCAGCCAACACUUGACUUGCUUCUCCCACGCUGUUUGAAACGCCUUCUCAGAAUCAAUCAGGUUAUUGAGACAACUAUGAAUGUUCAUGUUUUCCACACUCAGCUUUGUCUCCUGAGGAACUUUCCUCAGCCGGUUAAACUUGACACUUGUUGGCUGAUUGGUCGAACAGGUUAGUCCUGCCCUGCGAGCAAAACCUACAGAGAAUUUGAUAUCAUGUGGCUUCAUGAUGGAACAAGUUUACAAUCUACAAACCGUGACCUGUGUAUUAUUCCUAUUGACAUGCUGCUCCUGCUCGUUCAACCAGAAGUAAACUGAUGUCUUUUCAACUA